UCUGGUGAACAUGUCUUGUCGAGAGGAGCUCACAUCCCGAUCUGUGUUAAUCACAGGCCUCCCAGAUAAUGUUAUUGUGUCGGACUUUGUGAAUGGCUACUUAUCUCAGAACGGUAUUACGAAGUUGGCGCAAGCUGUUGACUAUGUCGGUGAAUCUGACGCGACCAAGCGCAAACCUGGAUAUGUGGUGUUGCUUACAUCGAAGAUCGAUGCACGGAGGAUACUGGUUGAACACCAGGUGUCAGAAUGCAGGUAUGAGAGAGGCGUGUCGACAAUAUCGGCCAUGAGGUGUCCCGAGGAACUCAUACCCGCCCCCUGGCUGGAAGAUCCUCCACGUUACAACACGCUGCACCAGACACCUGGUGUCAAUGUGGAACGUCCACCAAGUGACCCAGAUAGACACCCACCUCCGAAAGACAAACAAACUGAAGAACAGAUGCCCCUACCAAAACACGACACUGAGUGCGACCCUGUUAUCCAUGAAAAGCCCCAACAGACCUUGAGUGUCACUGAGCCGUCAGUGAUGCAAUCCUCACAACCGAAUAUCCAGGAACCCAGAUAUCAGGCUCCUCAAGGAAACUUAAAUGAUCAUCAGAAUAUGGUCCCUGGAGGAAGUCCUGACGGUUCACCAAGACCGCAACGUACACAACUCACGCAGAACAUUCCUUCAGGACCUGCUCCAGGAAUGCCAAGUGUAGUUCAGCCACAGAACAUCCUGCCAGGUUCGCCUUGGGCUCAUCCCUACCCCGGUACUGUGCCUCCUUACUACCAUGCCCCUGCGAAUCUCCAGCCACACCCACACCACAUGCAACCACCUGGACACCCACAAUAUUCUGGGAGAUAUCCACAACCGAAUCCUGGGAGAUAUCCACAACCAGAUCCUGGGAGAUAUCCACAACCAGAUCCUGUGAGAUAUCCACAUCCAAACCCUAACUAUUCAUCACAUUCACAUGGACCAUAUCCACCGCCCCCACAACAUCCAACACAAGGCCCGCCAUAUCAAAUCCCACCACAACAACAGCAACCAUACGAAAACCCAAUGCAAGGUCAGCAAUACCAAUUUCAAAUGCAAGGUCAACCAUACCAAAAUCAAAUACAAGGUCAUCCAUUUCAACCACCCCCAUUCCAACAAUAUCAACAAAGGCCUUAUCUACCAGCUGAACACUAUCCACAAGCCAACUAUCCAGCUCCAAACUAUCCAGAAGGACCCCCAGUGCAUCCACAGGGUGCACCCUCUGCCACACAAUUCGGUGGAUAUCACCAAGAGCAAAGAUGUCCUUCACCCAAACCCAAAGAACAUCCAGUUCCUAAAACAAUCGGGGACCAAGAACAGAAACCUAAAGCCACACCAAAUGCCGGUCCCACCACCCUGGAAGUGAGGGGUAUACAGCCCAACAUGACUGAGGAUAGCGUGAAGCUGUAUUUUGAAAAUAGACGAAAAAGCGGCGGGGAGAGGGAGAGGUGGUAAAGGUGGAUAUGAAGAAGAGGAAGAACAAAGCUCUGGUCUUCUUCAAAGAUCCUGAAAUUGCAGACCGUGUCCUCAACAAGAAGCCCCACCUGAUUAACAAGCACAGUGUGGAAGUUCUGGCUUACAUAGAACACUCCGGUGCUGCUGAUGAUGAUGAUGAAUCUGGAGAAGAUGACGACAUUCAAGAACAGAGCACUAUUGAAGUUCGGGGAUUCAAACCCAAUACAAGCCGGGACACUCUUGAAUAUUACUUUGAAAACACUAAAAGAAGUGGAGGUGGACCUGUGACAAACUCUGAGAAGAAGGAUGAUGUCAUCUUCAUUACGUUUGAGUCACCUGAGGUUGUCCAAAAUGUCCUGGAGAGGAAACACGUUGUGGAUGGCGCAAAUCUGACAGUGAAGUUACAUCGCCCAACACCUUGUUACAAGAAUAGGUUUCUUGUGACCAACAUAAGCAACACAACCUCCAAGGACAACUUAAUGUUGUUUCUGGAAGCACGGGCACGUGGAAACGUAACUGAAGUACUGUAUGGAGACGUCCCUGGGAAUGCAUUGGUAACAUUUGAAGAUGACAACAUCCCUGACUUUGAAAAAUUACAACUUCAGUGCGGCAAGAGGCCGCUUGAUGGACAACACCUCCAGGUUAAAAAAGUACCAAUUAGUGACAGUGUGAUUGUAAGGGGAUUGAAGAAAGAGUCGACUGGAGAGACUCUACAGUUUUACUUUGAAAAUAAAAAAUCUGGUAACACUGAUGGAAUCCCAGUUACAGUUUCCACACACAAGGAUGAAGGCUAUUGUAUUGUCAAGUUUGAGGAUUAUAAAGCCAUAGAUAAAAUCCUUCCUAAACAACACACGGUAGAUGGGGCAAAAUUGACUGUGCAGCUCUACGUCGAACGUCUUGGACUGGGCAUUGAGGAUACCGAUGGAUCUUGGUACAAACAGCCACAACCAUUCACUGUAGAAAAUCUCGACAAACCCAAAUGUAGGUUUCUGCAAUCAUCCAGGACGGACAAGGACAAGCUGAAACAGAGCCUGAAAGAGCGGCAUGCUGACAUCACCUGGUUGUCGGACUACUCAGCAACGAUGACAUGCACGCUUAACAAGGAUGCCAAAGAUGCUGUUAAGCUGGCACAGUCUUGGCGCCAAGAUACAGAGAAGUUUCUGAGGGCUUUUGUUGAUCGCUUUCAAACUGAGGAAUAUACAACCCUUGACCAGAUCUGGGAGGAUGUGAGGAAGGACUUGAGCAAAAUGCCCGAGGCAAAAUCUGUUCUCAUGGAUCUAUGUGAUGAAGACCAUAAGGUGAUAGUGGUCGGUCAUUCUACAGACGUACAAAAAGUCGGUACGAAAGUGAAGAAAACUAUACAAGGUGUGGAGAACGAAUUCCAAAGGAAGCAGAAGGAGGUUACUGAACGGAUUACAAAUUUGAAACCACUUCAGCUCCAACUCCUUGUAAUGGAUGGGUAUGUAGCUGAUAUGAAGAAGCGUUAUUCCACAGAUCUCAAAGUGACUGUCAAUGCUGAACAAACCGAGAUGAUUUUCAAAGGUCAAGUGAACGAAAUCAACGACUGUAAAGUUUCAAUGUAUGAGAGAAUUGCAAGUUACAAUUCACAAAGACUUACACUUUCCCAAAGAUUGGUUUCGUUUCUAGAUAAAAGAGACGUAAAAGAUAUGGUUAUGAACAAACUGAGAGACAUGAAGAUCACUGGAGUAUGGGACAUUGACAGUAAAACCAAAACUGUAAUUGUCAUGGCAACGACAGAAGAAAAUGCUGCUUUUCUAGGACGAAAGCUGAAAGAUAUGAUUGUAGAGCAUCAUGAGAAAAUUGAUAGAGAAAAUGCCUUCCUUCUAUCUUCUGAUAAGUUGGCUGCCUUCGAGAAAGCAACAUUGGAAAGAUAUGACAGUUUGGUAAGCCUUUAUACUGACCGACAAGCCUCUCAAGUUGUAGUUGUAGCAUUUGACAACACAAUUGAUAAGAUCAGAGAGGAGCUGAACAACUUUAUCCAACAAAACUCGGUGUACAGGCAGAUAGUGAAACUGCCUGGUCCAGUCUACAGAUUCCUCCUCGCGAAUGGAGAUCGUGAGCUGAUGGAGAUUAGCCAUGAUCUGGCAAAACAUAAUGGAAAACUGGACAAGUCGACUGCACCACAGAUAACAGUAAGUGGGUGCCAGGAGGUUCUUACCAAAGCUGUGCAGGGUUUGAUGAGUCUUGCGAAGAAAGUCAUCCAUAAGAAAUACACUCUUAAGAAACCUGGAAUCAGUAAGUUCAUCAAUUCUGAGGACGGGAAGAGUGUUAUUGGAUCAACAGAGAAGGAUACUCGAUGUAUCAUAGAACUUUCAUUCGAUGAAUCUGUCAAAGUUAGAGUCGAAACGAUCGGUUCAAUGCCUGCCUCAGUUACUUCUGUACCACAUGGAAGAAGCGGGACAAGAGUACUUGCGACCUGUGACAUAGACUCCAACAGAAGGAUUCAUGUUGUCAUAGGUGACAUCACAGCUAUGGAGGUGGACGUCAUUGUCAAUGCCGCUAACAACAGGUUAGAUCACAUCGGAGGACUGGCAAAAGCCAUAGCAAAUAAGGGAGGACCGACAAUCCAGAAGGAGAGUGACGCCUAUACAGCUAAGAACAAGACUUUGAGAGCUGGGGAUGUCGUAACGACUGGUUCUGGACGUCUCCCUUGUAAAAUGGUUGCCCAUGCCGUUGGUCCGUGCUGGUCUGGUGGUCAUCGGGGGGAGGAGGGUGACCUGAAAGAUGCCAUCAUGUUGAGCUUGGAGCAAACAGACAGAAAUGGAUACAAAUCCAUUGCAUUACCUGCUCUUAGUGCUGGAAUAUUUGGAUACCCAGUGAAACUUGCAACAAGGCACAUUGUUGAGGCCAUUAAGAAAUUCUUCACUCUAGAGAGUCCAAACAGUGACGUGACCAAUGUCUAUAUGAUCGACACUAAUGAGGGAACCACCAAGCUGUUCACUGUGGCUCUACAGGAAGUGUACAGUGACCGACGAGUGACCCUGACAGAGAGCACCAAUAGACCUGACAUGCGCCCACCCUUAGCUAAAAAACCGAAACCGGUCGCUGGCGGUGUCCGUGUAUUACCAACUCAAGGGUCAAACACAUCUUCACGCUGCAAAGUGACCAUUGUCAAAGGCGAAAUUGCGAAACAAAAAGUUGAUGUUGUCGUAAACUCAGCGAACAACAGCCUUGAUCUUAGCAACGGAGCUGUGUCCAAGUCGAUCCUCAAAGCUGCAGGGAACACAAUACAGCAAGAACUGUUGGCGAAGUAUCCCCAAGGAAUACAGACAGGAGAUGUUGCUGUCAGCUCUGGAGGAAACCUGGGGUGUCGUGUAUACCAUGUCUGUCUGUCUCCAGCAAGUGCCUCUGGUUCUGACGUACUACAGAAUAUUAUCAUGAAGUGUUUGCAAACAGCUGCUGACGAGGGAUGCCGAAUGAUUGCCUUUCCAGCACUAGGCGCUGGGAACCUGGGCUAUGCUGCAAACUUCGUGGCUCAAACCAUGUACACAGCUGUCAAUAACUUUCAGAAGAAGAACACGUCACUGAAAGAAGUUCUAGUAGUCAUUUAUCCCACAGACAAAAAAGUCAUCCAGGCCUUUGAAGAGUAUGAAAGACGCUUGCAGACAGGGGAGAUAACUGACCCGCCAGUUGUGGCAUAUGAGAGCCGCUCCUUCCUGGAAGAAGAGAGCGUUGAAGAUUCAUGGAUAUCACAAGUGAAACAUGAUGGCCUUCAUAUUGGACGACUGGGCAUUCAAAUCAAACAAGGGGACAUAACUAAGGAGGACGCUGACUGUAUCAUCAACAGCACGAACCCUGAGUUGGAUUUGAACAGAGGUGCUGUGUCAAAAGCUAUCGCCACAGCAUGCGGAAAAGACAUGACGUCACAGUGCAAAAUGAAACUUGAAGCCAUGCGACAGAACGGCGUUGUCAGCACGACAGCGAAAGGUCUGAAGUGUAAAUACGUGCUCCAUGUAGCGGGCGACCAUUUUGGCAAUGACUGGAAGAAGGUGGUCCUGAUAUGCUUGAGAGAGGCAGACAAAUUAGGCGAUGCGCAAUCGGUUGCUUUUCCGGUCCUUGGAACAGGUGCAGGUCACGUAAACCCACAGGAAAUAUCCAAGAUCAUGGUUCAGGCGUUUGCUGAGUUCGAGCCUGAAGCCUCCAACCUGGCAGAUAUACAGGUAGUUGUGUUCCAGCAGCCAAUGUUUCUCACAGUUUCAUCAGAGAUACAGAAAUCGGUAAACUCAAUGAAUCAAGGGACCUCUAGAAGAACAUCUAAAAUAGGCACCACUGCACCAGGGAGCGUGGAACUGUACUUCUUCUCUGACCACUCAGACACCAUUGCCGAUGGUAUCAAGAAACUGGAAGCACGAUGCCAGAAAGAAUGGCGCACUAAGAAAUUGGAUGACCAAGUAAUACCAAAACUGACAGAUCAGCAGAUUCAGAGCUUGCACCAAAAAUUCGAUGUGGAAUUAAAACUCGACAGAAACAAAGGAGUUAUUCAACUGACAGGUCAGGGAAGUAUGGUUGAUCAAGCCUAUAUUAAAGUCAUUGAAUCCUUACGUAACAUUGAGAAGGAAGAGAGUGAGACGGAGAGGGCAAGCCUGCUCUCCCAAACAAUACAGUGGGCUUAUUUCGAGAAGGACAAAACUGUCAAUAUGAAGGACUUCGAUACGAAGGAAAAUGCAGAAAUUGAAAAAGCCUACAGGGCCAACAAGAAGUCGUGCAAGGUCAAGGUCCAGAAGACUACAAUCGACAUCGACUUUUCGUCUAUGGAAGGAAAAGAAAAGAAGAAAACGUAUAACAUCAUCCGCCGAGACCUCAUGCAGGAGGCUAAACAGUCAAUAUUUGACCCACCACAGAAUUGGCAGCCAAUGGCAGACGAUGAUAAUGUUCAGAGUUUUCCAGUCGCAGCUGAAGAGUUUAAGAUGGUUGCUGAACUGUUCAUGAAAACUGUCAAUAACAGCAAUGCCACGGUUCUCAAGGUGGAUCGCAUUCAGAACAGAUCGCUGUAUCAGCAAUACACAGCCAAGAAGAAACAACUGGAGAAACAGAACCCCCAAGGUACCCAGAAUGAGAGUUGGCUCUGGCACGGUACCAGCACUGAUGCCAUAGACAGCAUCAAUGCACAUGGGUUCAACAGAAGCUACUGUGGCAAAAAUGCCACAGUCUACGGCCAAGGAGUGUAUUUUGCCGUUAAUGCGGAAUAUUCUGCCCAGAAUACAUACUCGAGACCAGAUCCACAAGGGCAAAAAUAUAUGUACCUGGUUCGAGUGUUGACUGGCGAAUAUACCAAGGGGACAGGAGACAUGAGAGUUCCACCCUCUAAGGCAGGAAGUACGGUGCUGUUCGACUCAGUCGUGAACGAUAUCAACAAUCCUGCGAUGUAUGUUGUGUUCAAUGAUACACAGGCAUAUCCUGAUUACCUGGUUACUUUCCAUCCUUGAAACAAUGACAUCCAAACAUGUAAUUGUGCUGACAAGAUUGUUCUUUCGAAACCAGUUAUAUUUAAAAAGUAGACAUUAGGGGAAAUUAAAAGUACAACAGU